AUGGCGAUGCGGAGCAGUGCGCGUGUCAACACGCGCAAGCGGGCACGCGAGGAGGACACGUACAGCGAGGAAGAGGAACUAGAGCAGCUUGAAGAAGAUAGCCACUCUUCCGAUGCGUACGAGCCAGAGGACGGCGGCGAGUCAGAUGCAUCGCAGGCGUCAAUCCCGCCUGCCGACGACGACGGCGUGGUCGAGAUCGAGCAGGAGAACUUUACGCGGCUGAUCCAUGCCUUUACGAACGAUCCCAGCGAGAAGAAAGGCGCCAAAGGCCGAAACCCGACGUGGACUGCGUCGAUGGAGCAAGAAAUGGAGUCUUUUCACCACGAGCUACGCGGUGUGAAUGGAUACGCACGCAAGAGCAAACCGACGCAGGUCCGCGAGCAGGCGCUUUCUGCAGAGGUGAAAGCACUGCUGGCACAGGCAAAUAUGGCGUACGUCGAGGCUGACUUGCCGCGAGCGAUCCGCCAGCUCGAGGAGGUGAUUCGUAUUGAGCCAACCGUAAAAGGCGCUUGGUACACUCUCGGCAUGUGCUUUGAGGAGAUGGGCGAGGAGGAAAAAUCGAUUCAGUGCCGUAUUGUUGGCGCUCAUCUCACCAGCAAUGCCAGCGACGAGUGGAAAUCGCUCGCGCGCCGGAGCCGAGAGCGCGGCCUGUUCCAGCAGUCGAUAUACUGUUUGCAGCAAGCAAUCAAGAAGAAUCGGUACGACAUCGAUGCGGUUUGGGACCGUGCAGUGAUGCUCAAGGAUUCCGGACGUUCACGCGCAGCCGUAGAGUCGUUCCAGGCUAUUUUGAAAAUCCAGCCGUACGACACAGAGGUGCUCUGCGAGCUGAUCCCAUUGCUGGUAUCGCUCGGCGACUAUGACAUGGGCGUCACGAUUCUCGAGAAUAUGCGCCGCGCAAGCAUGAUGAAUGCGCCGUCCGAUGCCAAUUUGGACCCUGCGCUCGUCGAGGACAGCGGCGCGCACUUUUCCUUAAACGAGCUCGUGACGCUCGCAGAUUUGCUCUUGCUCUUGCGCCGCCCGUUUCAAGUAAUUCUCGUAAUCAAGCAAACAGUGCGUUGGCUGCGCGGCGCAGCGCGGGAAGACCGCCCCGGCGACGCACAAAGCGACCUUGAGCUUGACGAUGCGCUGCAAAGCGAUCCAAUGGGCUUGGACCACGAAGUCCGGCUUCGCCUCGGCAAGGCGCGGUUUAUGCUCAAGGAUUUUGACGAGGGUAGGCGCCACUUUAGCAUCCUUGCCGACGAGGCCGAACCCACAGAAAACCCCUUGCUUUUUUUGGAAAUGACCGAGUGCUAUUUUGAGUACCAGCAGUAUGCCGAUGCGCUGGAGUGGUACAGGCUGCUGGUCGACGACGGUUUGGUCGACGACUUGCAGGCGUGGAUGCACAUGGGUGUGUGCUACCAGCAGCUUGAUAUGCCAAGCGAAGCGGCGCAAGUCUACGAGCCGAUAUUGCGCGACCAUCCGGAUAACUUCGACGCGAAGCUUGGCCUCGCCGAGGUGUACGAGGAGCUGGGCGAAAGGGACAAGGCGCUGCAUUUGGUAAAUCAGGUCCUCACUGCACGCAACGGCACCCCGCAAUCGGCCGACGAGCUCAGGCCAGGCCAUUGCGAUGGAGAGGAAGGCGGAGCUUCCCUCUCUUUCUUUGACGAAGCGGCGCCGCCCGGAGGCGCGGGUAUGUCUGCCACUGCACAAGCCACCCCGCGCGUUUCGCGUUCUGGCAUUUCUUUUGCAGACCGCCAGCGGUUGGAGCAGCAGCGCGAAGAGGAGACACGACUUGCAUUGGUCCAGCUCAGUGCAUUGGAGCCGCUCGUCUUUAUCGAUGGGUUGGCGCACCACGACGUUGUGUUUCUCGACGGGCCGCUGGAUGCACCAAGCGAGAGCAGUACGUCGGACGAGGCCGAAAAGCGCCGCUUUGAUGCCACACGGCAGUGGAUGCAAGUCGCAGGUCGUCUUAUUGACGCGUUCCGGUCCAUGCCCCUCUUGUUUCCCAAAGAACGCUACACCAAGUACCGUGGGGUUGUGCGUCCCCGACGUACACGGCGAUCCAAAGGAUCAGACCUGGAUAGUCACGCACAAGACCUGCUUUCGCGCCUGCGCGAUCACCUUGUCGACGAAGCGACGCUGCAAGCGGAAGGCAUGGAAGAGGUUGCGCCCGAGCAGGAUACAUUCCGGACCAUCCACUUUGACGACUGGGUUGCUUUGUUUAUGAAGUACGCCAUCGGGCUUGCAAAGCUUGGAGAGCAUGCCGCUAUCCACGACAUGUUCCGCCAUAUUAUGGUAUCCAACACGGUAUGGCCGUCCGAGAAGCGGAAAAUGUCACUCUACCUGUGCUGGCUUGCGUGUGCAAUGUACGCUCGAGACCACGCACGCGUAUUUGACAUUGUGCGCUGGUUUCCGACCCACUUUCAAUUUCACGACGAGCCACUGCGGCUCAUUGCGAGCAUUGCGAACGCCAUGGGCUUUUACGGCGUGGAUGCGUUUGUGAGUGCGACGAAUACAAAGCAGUACCAACGGCGAAUGCGCACGCACGAAGCGAUUGUCUCCGGCAAGCCUGCCAAGAUAAACACACGUUCAGGGCGCUGGACGAUGGCGUACACCGGGGAGGAUGAGGAGCAGGGCGCAGAGGAGCAAGAGGAUGAGUCGCGCCUUGCUCCGGGCAUCUCUUCCAAGGCCCAGCCACUUCCGACACAGUCCUCGCCGAUUGGCGAGAUGUUUUAUGGGUACCUGAUGCUUUGUGCAAAUAGCUAUCAGCCAGCAAUGGGCUACCUCUUGCGCGCGCUGGCGCUCCAGCCAAACGACCCGCUCUUGUGCCUCUUGUGCAGCGUCGCAUGCCUCAGUCGUGCGACGAACCGCCAAGUGGACAACAGGAAUCACACCAUCAUCCAAGGACUUGGCAUUCUCGCGCAGUACGCAACACUGCGCGGACCGGGGCCUGAAGCCGAGAACGUGCUUGCACUUGCCGAAAAGAGCUUGAACCAGGAGCAUGGGUUUACCAUGGCGCGCGAGGCUGCGUUUAACCUGGCCCACAUUUACGCCAGCAGCGGCUCGCCGCACUUGGCCCAUGCGCUGUACACGCAGUGGCUUAGCUUUACCGACACUUCCAUGACGCCGACGCUGCGUGUUGCGGUGCUGCUUGCUGCGCUCGCGUGCAGUGUGCAGUGCGCACAGUAUUCGCUUUUGCAUCGCGUGCUGGACGUGAAUGAUGGGCAUGCACUGCUUGCUUGGCAGCCGCGUGCGGUGCUCGACUUGCCGAGUGCAGAAGGGGUCUCGUACCAGCCGCUUUCCACACCCGCGUUUGAGAUCGAUACCGACGACGCGCUGUACGAGCUAGCGCUUGUAUCGGGAGAUGCGCGUAUGUUUGAUGCGGAGGCGUGGGCAGAUGUCAAGCGUGGCGUAUCUGGUCCGUCUUUGAUCAGCAAACUUUGUCAAUUCCGGACCUCCAAUACGGAGCCGCUUACGGAUCGGCUCGACGUGUACAUGGCCGAUGCCGAAUUUAGCUCUCCGGUUGGCCUGGCGUAUGGCGUUGAUGCAGUGCGGCCACUCGGUGCGAACGCGUGCCCUGAAUUUGGGGAUGAGCAAACGUUCCUCGGCCAUGCAUUUCAGACACAGAUGCACGUCCAUGCGCCGGCUACGCCAGAAGUUCCCCUGCGCAUGGCGACGCAAAGCAUGCCGACAGCUGUACCUGGCCAGAAAGAAGAGGAGACCAAGAAACCUGUGGAAAACCCACUAAACGACCCUGUUUCGUUCCUGAAAAAGUACUGGAUGUAUCUUCUUCCGAUCGUAGUUUUGAUGAUGCUGCCGGCAGGCGAGGACGUGCCCCAGGGCCUGCAGCGUGCACAGGCGCAGGCACAGGCUGUCCAGGGCCAGGGCCAGGCCAAGGCCAUCGUCACACCCGGCCCUGCCAAGCGCGGCGGCCGCAAGCGUGGAUGA